CUCGUAAUUCCCCUCCUCUCUGCUCAGGCGCUCAGCCACGGCGGCGCUUGCCACCGCACCUCCUCACCGCCACACUCCGCCGCCGCUGCUCUUGCACCGCCACCUCUUCAUCACCUCCCCUCUGUCUCUCGAAGGCACCAGGUGCUCCGGCGUGAGGUGAUACUUCUGUACGGCAAUAAUCGCUCGACGUUCGGUUCGACCCUCGUUUCCUCCGCGGAGCACGGCUGAUUUCUCGACGGACUGCCCUAUUCCGCGACGCCGGCCGGCUAGCAGCCGCGCUGUCCGAAUUGGCCUCGCGCGACCCCAGAGAAGCCGCGCCGCGGCCGCCGGCGUCGUUUUCGGGCGUCGCCGAUCGUCCUCGUCGUGUCCCCAGGAUAGAACACCAGCAAUCAAUCAUCAUGCAGAACAUCAGAAGUGAGACCGUCCUUGACGACUUGCCUGAGUCGGUGGUUACCAUGGACAUACUCGUUAGGUUGCCGGCUGAGGACAUCCUCAGGUGCCGUGCUGUCUGCACGUCGUGGCGUCGUGCUACCUCCACCCAUGCCUUUCUCCUCGCACACCACCGCCACCAGCCGUCUCUUCCGGUCAUCGACCUCAUCAAGCGUGAAGGACAACUGUUUGAUCGCCAACUUUUUGUAUAUUUUGACGCUAGUCCAGGUGCCGGCAGUCGCAAGCUCAGCCAGAAGACCAUCCUCUGGUAUCCCAACCCCUCCCCCUAUGAAGACAACCUUGUGAUCCAUGGUUCCUGUGAUGGCCUCCUUGUGGUCUCGUACAGUGAGGGAUACUUUGAAAUCUGCAAUCCGAUUACCUGCCAACAUGCUCCCCUAUCACUGACCCAUGACCAUGAUGAUGAUGAUGAUGGCCUAGAAGUUACAGGAAUUCGCAUUGCUGGCUUCUACCAACACCUCGCAUCCAAAGAAUACCGGCUGCUCUACUCUAUCUGCACAAGGAAUGAGGAUACUUUCACUUCCAAGGUUGAUUUCCACGUCCUUGCAGUUGGAUGCAGUCAGUCAAGGCGCAUCGAAGAACCACCAUUGCAACAAGGUUUCCUAGAUGGACUCACAUGUUCUAAAAAUGCACCAGUCCUCAACCACGGCAACUUGCAUUGGCUGUUACCGCGGUACUAUACUAGCGAUGACUUCAGCAACAUAAUUGUGUUUGACACCAAGGUUGAGACUUUCCGUUGGAUGCGCAGUCCUCCCUGUAAGUACUCUUGGUCUUGGAUGUCGUUGUUGGAGCUGGACAGCACGCUUGCUAUGUGCAGCAGUCAUGAUGACAUUGCCAUAGCUAUUAAUGUUAUGCAUGACUACAAAGCCGAUGUCUGGGCCCCCACCUACCAGAUCAACCUCUCGGCAAUGGAGGCAUCACCUCAGCUUUAUUUACCGGCUAGACUGUGCAAGAUUGCUACAUUCAAUGAGCGUGAGUUGUUGAUCGAGCUUCCAGGAUGUGUUUUGCACUUUGGCCUUGAUGGCAAGUUUCUAGGAAAGAUGGAGUGUGACAAAAACAAAGACACCCGCAUGCAUAUUACUUCGUUCCGCUUUCAGGAGAACAUUGUUCCACUCCCUUUCUUUGGGAUGCAAGAAGAUUAUGGUGAAAACUUUAUGCCAGAAGACGAAGGAUAUUAUGAGAUGACAGAUUCUAUUUGGUGAUAGAAAUAAAAUGCUCCUGUUCAGUACCUGAGUUUGGGGUAAAGGUUUAUGUUAAAUAAAUGCAUGGGAGUAACAACAGAGGAAGUCAUUUAGUAGGUAAGCCACUCAUACAAUUAUGGCAGAUAAUCAACCAUUUUUUAAAAAUUCAUUAGUCUAUGCUUUGAGUAGUACUACUAAUUUAUCCCUAAAUCUAACUACUGGAAUUGUUUGAUUGAAAUGGGCGGUCACCGCUCACUAACAGAAUCCUUAUAAAGCACUAAAACACCAAUGUUCCAUUUUUCAUUAGGACAAUCAGGAGGUCAGAUUAUAUACAAAUGUAGAGAUGGUAACCAUCUCUUGUACGCCUCCAUAUCAUCUGGGGAUAAACUUAGAAAUAUCUAAUACAAUCUGUUACUCUCAGAUGUCAUCUCUAGCACUUAAUGCCUGCAUAGAUCUAAAAGUCGUGUAAGCACUAAAUUUUGUCUCUGAUUUUGUGGAUGAGUGAGUUGGCUUCCUUCUUGAAACUGAACUAUUUACCCUGUAUUUUUUUAUCAUAUAAAGAGAGUAUGUAUGUCAGGAAGAAUUUUGUCUUGUGCAACUAUCUAUGAAAUGCUCUCUUGCAUGGCCAUGGCAAAAGCAUGUAGCUUUCUGUUCAUAAAAAAAGAGACUAUACCUUUCCGUGUGACAGUUUUACAUAAUUGUGUGACAUACUGCAAACAGAGCUUGGCUCUGGUGGUUAGGUCCCUUGUGGUGGAACCAGCCCACCCAGGUUCAAGUCCUAGACUUGACAUGGGUGUUUGCAUUUACCUGGAUUUAUUCCAGGAUUUAACCGGCGCUAUGCUUUCAGUGGUACGUGACGUGCCCGUCAACAGCGAGGCGCCAGUGGUGACUUCGUCAACCUCAAGAUAUGCCGGCUCAGUCCCUCGGAGGUGCUCAUAGGGGUAGGGUGUGCGUGCGUGCGUUCAUAGGGGUGUUUGUACGUGCGUGUUUGUGAGCGUCUGCGUUGUACUGUGUUCUCAAAAAAAAAAAAAUU